AUGGUUGAUGAAGAACACACGGGAUGGUUAGCUGAUAUGAAUGCUAAUGUUUCAGGAACAGCUUCAGGAAAUAUGAUGUGUUUUUAUGAACUGAAGAUGAAAACCAACUGCAGUCUCUUAUCUUGCAGUAUACAGAGUAUGAGCUUAUGGCGUGUCCUGCCCUUCUUCUUUGCCACUCAUGAGAUCAACCAGAAUCCAAAGCUGCUACCCAACAUCACCCUGGGCUACAGCAUCUAUGAGAACUUUUUCAAUGCAAGGAUAACAUAUGAGGUCAUGAUGGACUUGCUGUCUACAGGGCAAGAGAAUGUCCCAAACUACAGUUGUGGAAGACAAAAUAAUCUUCUGGCUGUGCUUGAAGGGACUGAUUCGGAGCUCUUUACUUCCAUUUCAACUAUGCUGGGCAUCUACAAAAUUCCACAAAUCAACUAUGGGGUCAUCAGCCACAUUCCAGAGCAGAAACAUCAUUUCCCUUUUUUCUACCAAGUGAGUCCAAAACAAGAACCUCCUCACUUGGCAAUUAUCAAGUUGCUCCUGCAUUUCCAAUGGACAUGGAUCGGCCUUGCUGCUCCGGACAAUGAAAGUGGAGAACGGUUCAGAAGAACUUUUGUGCCAGAAGCUGUAAGGAAAGGUGUCUGUGUUGCCUUUUCAGAAAUCUUACCCAUGGUUGUUAGAGAAGGGAGGGGAAAGGACAUCCUUGAAUAUUUUAGCUACACUAAAGUGAAAAGUAUUGUUUGUCAGUUGGACUCUCAAUCCUCAUUAAUACUAGCAGUGGUAAUACAAGACAUUGAAAAGAAAAAAAUCCUGUUUGAGGAAAAAGUAUGGAUUGCUACAGCUUUGUCAGGUUUAAAUGAAAGUUUGGAAAGGCAGCAUUUCUGUGUUCUUAUUCAAGCCCUUUGUUGUCUAAGAAAGUUUGGAACAGAUGCCUGGAAAAAGAGACCUGGGAAAUCCCAUCCCCGGAUCUGGUUGAAAGAAUCCUGUCUGAGGAUGGCUCCACUCCAUCCAUUUCUAAGAAACUUCCAGAUUUACAAUUUUUCUGUAAAUGACGUUUAUUUGAAUGAGUAUGGAAUUCCCACUGCUGACUUUAAUAUCAUGGACUGGGCAAUAUUUCCCAACAAAUCUGCUGCUGGGGUGAUAAUUGGGAAUGUUGAAAAAGAAGUGUCUUCAGACAUCAAGAUCUCUGUGGAUGAGAGCGCCAUCAUAUGGCCAACAUCUUUUAACCAGAAGGCCCCCUUUUCUAGGUGUACAGAAAGUUGCCUCCCAGGAUAUACCAAGCUGACAAGAGAGGGAGAACCAGUUUGCUGCUACGACUGUUCUCCAUGUAUGGAAGGAACCAUCUCUGUGCAGGAAGAUGUAGCCCAAUGUGCAAAAUGUCCAGAUGACCAUUUCUCCAACGAGAAGCGGGAUCAGUGUGUUGCCAAAGUUAUAACUUUCCUGUCCUACAGAGAAAACCUAGGUCUCAUCCUGGCUGUCUCUACCCUUUUUUUGUCUCUUACCUCUGCCUUAGUUCUAGGAAUUUUUAUUAAAUAUCGAGAAACUCCCAUAGUCAAAGCUAACAACCGUGAUCUCACCUACAUUCUCCUGAUCUUUCUCCUGCUUUCCUUCUUGACUUCCCUUCUAUUCAUUGGUCAACCCAAGAAAGUGACCUGUCUUCUUCGACAAACUGCCUUCAGUAUUGUUUUCUCAGUUGCUGUGUCAUCCUUGCUGGCCAAGACUAUCAUGGUGGUGAUGGCAUUUCUGGCCACAAAGCCAGGAAGCAAAAUGAGGAAAUGGCUGGGGAAAUCUUUGGCCAAUUGCAUUAUCUUCUCCUGCUCUGGUGUUCAGGUGGGCAUCUGUUUCAUAUGGCUGGGAAUCUUUCCCCCAUUCCCAGAUUCUGACUUAUAUUCCCAAAAAGGGCAGAUCCUACUGCAAUGCAAUGAAGGUUCAGUCAUCCUGUUCUAUUCUGCCCUUGGCUACUUAGGCUUUCUGGCUUCCAUCUGUUUCUUGGUGGCUUUUCUAGCCCGAAAACUACCAGGGGGCUUCAAUGAAGCCAAGUGGAUCACCUUCAGCAUGCUGCUCUUCUGCAGUGUUUGGGUUUCUUUUGUCCCCGCUUACCUGAGCACCAAAGGAAAAUACAUGGUGGCUGUGCAGAUCUUCUCCAUCCUGACCUCCAGCCUCGGCUUACUUGGCUGCAUCUUUGUCCCCAAAUGUUAUAUCAUCAUUCUGAGACCUGACAUGAAUGCGAAGGAGCAUCUAAUGUUGAAAAACAAUGAGUGA